AUGAAUCCAGAUUCAGAAGCAGUCUCGUUUGAACUGCAACCAUCCGCAAACGCCUCUGAGACAGCGUUGGUCACAAGAACCAGCGCAGACCGUGGACGGCCAUCAGCUUCUAGUCUUCUAAACGAUCGGCAUCCGAGCGACGUGGUGGGAGAUACCGAAUCAGCAAGCGGAAGCAGAAGCAGCAUCAGUCGUGAUUCACGCUGCUCAUCGUUUCCAGCACCCGAAAACCAAGCGGCUAGUACAACCGAUGAGCCCUUAUUGAAGAAAACCGGGAAGUUCCUGACAGGGAAGGACAGUUGGCUAUGGGAAAUCACCUCCCUGAUUUUCAGCGCGGCGUGUGUGGUUGCGAUGGUGGGUGUCCUGAUCGGCGUCCAAGGAACGUCUCUCUCCGCGUGGCAUCUACUAAUAGCACCGAACACGGUGAUUUCAGCUCUUGCAACAGCCUCAAAGACAAGUUUACUCCUUCCUGUAACUGAAUCUAUCAGCCAGUUAAAGUGGGUGCAUUUCAACAGGGCCCAUCGAUUGCGCGACAUGGACUUGUAUAAUAGUGCAAGUCGUGGACCCUUGGGCGCUUUGAUUUUUCUUUUCAGGCUACCAUUGAGCCUGGGAGCUCUGGGAGCGAUUAUAACAAUUGUCGCUCUAGGAUUUGAUCCGUUUGCACAGCAACUGGUCUCCUUUCCAAGUCGCCAGGCCGCCAUGGACAAUGAGACAGCGUCGUUCAAGGUUAGCCAGGCUUAUGAAUCCGGGGCGUAUUGGAACUAUCAAAACACUGUAGUCGAUUACACCGACUUCGCCAUGCAGGGCGCCAUUCUCAACGGGCUCUUCGGCUCUCCUUCACCACGCGCAUUCACCUGCCCAACGUCGAAUUGCGCCUGGCCGCAGAACCCCAGCUACCUAUCGCUGGGUGCCGUGGGCGAAUGCAAAAAUGUAACCCAGUCAACCGUGAACACCUGCCAAAGUUUCCAGAGCACGUUGUCCACAGACUGCACCAUCACAACACCCGGAGGAUUCCAGCUCGGGUCCAAAAGGGAGCACGAAAGCGCGAGGUUCAAGUUUACGCAGCUGAACACGACCUUGGCUUCUAAUGAUUCAAAUGUGGACCUUAUCAACUUUGCCGUAUGGCGCGCAUUGGGGACUGGAAAUCUGUCAGAAUUCGAAGUCCUCGAAUGUCGUUUAAGCCUUGCCGGGUUCCUCUACAGCAACGUAUCGGUCACGCAAAAUACCCUGAAUAUCCAGGACGAGACUCACCUGUCGCUGGAACCUGUCAAUGCUGCCAAUUCUGGGUUGAACCUGUUCAGGCCAGCCGGCGUUGACUUCCCAGAGCAGGCCAUGUUCGCAGUGCACGGGGCAGAUCUUACCAAGAUACACAAGCUUCUACAGCAGACUUUCAUUGCUGAAGCCAUGUUCCCCUUCGGCGAUACAACCGAUCUAACCGGAGUCACUACCGACGUUCUGAUCGCCGGCAACCUAUCUCGCAUCGUCGAGGAUAUCGCCUCGGGAAUAACCGAGCGGAUUCGCACCGGGCCAAACAGUACAGAUUCCAAUGGGGUGGCAUACCAGUCAGAAACCUAUAUCAACGUCAACUGGCCGUGGAUAACACUACCAGUGCUAGUGGUUAUUGGCGCGGCGGCUUUGCUCGCAUGCAGCAUUAUCUCCAACUCUCAACAUAGGGGGGCUCUGUGGAAGUCUUCCAACCUGGCUGUCUUGUUUCACAUUGUCAACGGAGUAGGGGACUAUGGCCACCUACCUUCGUCAAACGAUGCGCCUCUCGCUAGUGUCGAGGCUUUGGCGGAGAAAAUGCGUGUCUCGAGGGGGGAUAACAUGGAAUUCACCCCUAGCGCUUAG